CGUAUUAGAGGCAUAAUGAUAUUAGCGAUUAGUGAAUGUGACUUUAAGAGCGCGCUGUAACUCGAGCCUCGUGCAGUGACAGCUGUAGCAGUGAGGGGAAGAGAUAGCUCGGUUACUGACCACUCGAAAAUAACGUGUCUGUCUCUUUACCAACUUUUAAGACGGUCUUUUGGCGACCAUGGCCAUGGCCGACCUGUUCGGCAGGACGUGUAUAGUUGCGUUUGCGCUCAUGGCCACUGUAUUACAAGUCAGUGCAAAUGAGGAGACCCAGUUAAUCGCUGAUAAGUUUAAGAACUACAAUAAAAAUAUUCGACCAGCAAGAAACCCUGAUGAAAAAGUCAAGGUUCAGGUCAAGUUAACUCUCACCAACCUCAUCUCCUUGAAUGAAAAAGAGGAGACUUUAACUACAAAUGUUUGGAUUGAGAUUCAAUGGCAUGAUUACCGUCUUACAUGGAAUACAUCUGAAUAUCACGGCAUUGAUCUGAUCCGUGUGCCAUACAACACUGUGUGGUUACCUGAUAUAGUUUUGGAAAACAACAUUGAUGGCAAGUUUGAUGUGGCAUAUUACGCUAAUGUGCUGAUUUGGAGUGAUGGCUCCAUGUACUGGCUUCCCCCUGCCAUCUACCGCAGUACCUGUGCUAUUGAGAUCACCUACUUCCCUUUCGACUGGCAAAACUGCACACUAGUCUUCAGGUCUCAGACAUACAGUGCAAAUGAAAUUGAUAUGGUAUUGGCAGAAGAUGCAGAUACAGGAAAGCCUAUUGAGUGGGUGGACAUUGACCCUGAGGCCUUCACAGAGAACGGGGAGUGGGCGAUCAAGCAUCGGCCUGCUCGUAAGCUGACAAACUCACGCUACUCUCCUGAUGAUCUGGAGUACCAAGAGGUGUAUUACAACCUCAUCAUCCAGAGGAAACCACUCUUCUACAUAAUCAACAUCAUCCUUCCCUGCUCUCUCAUCUCCUCUCUGGUCGUUCUGGCCUUUUUUCUACCUGCAAAAGCUGGAGGGCAGAAGUUGACUGUGUCCAUUUCUGUACUGUUGGCUCAGACUGUGUUUCUCUUCCUGAUUGCUCAGAAGAUUCCAGAAACAUCACUUUCUGUGCCUCUAAUUGGCAAGUAUUUAAUCUUCGUCAUGUGUAUGACCACACUGAUCGUGACCAACUGCAUCAUUGUCCUCAACUUCUCCCUCCGUAGUCCUAGUACACACAACAUGUCACACACCAUCAGACAUAUUUUCCUUGAGGUGGUCCCUCGUUUCCUUGGCAUGGCCUCAUUUCUGGAUGAGGAGGAGCCGGGAAGUGGGACAUAUGAAAUGAGGGAGAGGCGGCGCAGUUCGUUUGGGCUGAUGCAGAGGGCUGAAGAAUAUGUUUUGAAACAGCCACGCAGUGAGAUGAUGUUUGAUAAACAGAGAGAGAGACAUGGACUCAUGCGCUCAAUUGUGGAUGAAAUUGAUGUGAGCAGUACGGCAAACCUCUACAAGAGUCUGGCAAAGACAGCACCAGAAAUAAAAGAGUGUGUGGAUGCCUGUAACUUCAUUGCUGAAUCCACUAAGCAGCAAAAUGACAUUGGAUCUGAGAUGGAGAGUUGGGUGCUGAUUGGUAAGAUGAUUGACAAGGUUUGUUUCUGGGCAGCCAUCUUGCUAUUCUCUGUUGGCACAGUGGCCAUCUUCCUUAUGGGUCACUUCAACCAGGCACCUGAGUACCCAUUUCCUUGGGAGAACAAAAAGUACACACCUGAGUAGAGAAGAAGACUCUGUCCAAAAGAAAGAAGGAACUAGGAACUGCUCCUGGCCUCUUAUGUGAUACAUAAAAUAAAUAUAUAGCUGGAGUUAGAGUACAACAAGCUGCACAUGAUUUGAUCAGGAUUGUAUGACUUGUUGCAUGAUCUUGUCUUAUAUUUGAUAUUAGGAUCUAUGGGUGUCCAUGCAUGCAUUAAUAUAACAUUUUGUACGCUGAUCAUGCUUAGAUUUUUUACACUAGGGGGAUUUUUACACAAAUGUACAUUUUGCAUGUAUUUGUGCAAACAAUAUUAGUUACAUUUACAUUUAUGCAUUUGGCAGACGCUUUUAUCCAAAGCGACUUACAUUGCAUUCAAGUUACAGUUUUUUUUUUACAUUUUAUCAGCUCUUGCUUUCCCUGGGAAUCAAACCCAUGAUCUUGGCAUUGCUAGUGCCAUGCUCUACUAUUUGAGCUACAGGAAAUCUAGUUAGUGAAUUAACUAGCUUAAUUCAUUAAUUAGUGAAAUAAUAAGAAAUAAAUAAACUAAUGAUUUCAGAUUAUUUCUUACCAUGUAGUUAAGAAAGUUCAUUGUGGCUGCAUUUUGUAACGCCCUAAACCAGUUUAUCAUCUGUAAACAGUAUGCGUUACUGUUAACAGUGUUACACCAGCAACUUUUUAUACAGUGAUUGCACUGUAGUAUUUAAUAUUAGUAUUAUAGAGAUGCAUGUUCAUUUUUGUUUGUUAUAUCUUAUGUAUCUCUUUGUCAUAAAAUGUUAUUUUAAUUUUACUUCUGCAAUUUUGCAUUUAGUUUAUUAUUUAAUAUAAACUCUUUAUAUAUACAAAAAAAAAAGUGGCCUCCUUGCAGUGAAUAAAUAGAUUCUUAAUUCACACUGUCUUAAAAUAUACAGUGUAAACGCACAAGAAACAAGAUUGAUGUCUGCUUGUAAGAACAUUUUAAAAUCCGUAUUAAGCACUGUGCUUUUGUGAUUUUUCUGUGCACCAAAGAUGGAGAAUAAAAUAACUGGCAUACU